AUGGCGAUAAAGUGGUUCGACAGCUUGCUGCUAAGGUCGAUAACAAGCUUUGACGACCUCGCUAAGAAGUUCCUAGCUAGGUUCUCCAUACAGAAGGACAAAACCAAACACACUCCAAGCCUGCUAGGGGUUAAACAAGGAGAUUGGGAAAGCCUCCGCAGUUACAUGGAAAGAUUUGAUAAAGCAUUCCUGGACAUACAGAAUCUUCCUAUAGAAGCAGCGAUUAUGGGACUCAUCAACAAUCUCUGGGAAGGGCCCUUUAACCAUUCUAUAUCCAAAAAACACCCAACAUCUCUAAAUGAGGUACAAGAACGGGCGAAAAAAUACAUCAAUAUAGAGGAGAACUCCCGAUUAGGAGAGACCUCAAAGACCGGACAUUCCUACCCACCUCGGGACAAGGACAAAGAAUCCAGGAAGAAAGAAGACCAACCUACUGAGAAACCCAGAAAGUACCACAACUACACCCCUCUUCGGGUGUCCCUUGUAGAUGUUUUACAAGGAGAUAUGCAACACCGAGAACAUCCCACCACCUCGCCCGAUUAA